AUGGACGCCAGCGAUGCCCCGCUGCUAGACGAGCGCAGCAGAGAUGCCCCUUCACUACUGUCCGCCCUGCAGAACCUUCUGCAACUCGACGCGCCGGCGAUACCGAUGACCAAGUGCAGGCUGCAGGCUCGACACGACGCGAAGCAUCAAGAUAUCGGUAGUGGACGAUAUUUUGGCGUCCGCAGGCAGCAGGGGCUGGGAUACCAAGCGUGCUGGCUGCGGACUUGA